AUGUUGCACCCAAAAAUUCUCAACUUAAUAAUUUUAAUUUUCACCCGUUUUCUGUUAACCCAAUCAUCUCCUCUAGUCCCAGCCUUGUAUGUCUUGGGAGACUCUUUGGUGGAUAGUGGCAAUAACAAUAUGUUGCCCACAUUUGCUAGGGCGAAUUACGCCCCUUAUAGUGUCAACUUUCCAGGCAAAAUUCCCUUAGGAAGAUUUAACAAUGGCAGAACUGUAACAGAUUUUAUAGCGGAGUAUUUGGAGUUACCAUAUCCUAGACCAUAUGCAAGCACGACCAGAACAAAUUGGAAUGGGUCAUCAGAUACUAAUUUAGUCAAAGAAAACUCAUCAAAAGGCAGGAAUUACGCCUCUGCAGCAUGUGGCAUUUUACCAGAAACUGGAACCUUCUUAGGAAAAUGCUUUCCCAUGGAUGAACAGAUUGGAAUGUUCAAAAGAUCUAUUGAUUAUGAAUUGGCUCCUGUCUUCAAAAGUCCCGGAGAACUUUUACAACACCUGUCCAAGUCUAUAUUUUUUAUUUGUGCGGGCAACAGCGAUUAUCUUCAAAACUACUUUCAAACACUUUUUCCCUCGAGCAAACUAUACAAUCCACCUAAAUUUGCUCAACUCUUGGUUGAUAAACUAUCUCAGCAGCUGAAGAGGUUGUAUGAGUUAGGUGCUAGGAAGGUAAUAGUAACGGAGAUCGGUCCACUUGGUUGUACUCCAUCCGUCGCAAAAAAUCCAAGUCGUAUGAUUAACCUACAAGGAAACAAUAAUGGAAUGUGUGACGAAGGUGCAAAUAACAUAGUCUCUUCCUUUAACAAUCAGCUACCUUUUAUGAUUGAGAAUUUGACUUCAACACUCCCAGAAUCACUAUUCACCAUUGCUGCAGUUAAUACCUUCAGUUAUGAUGUCAUUAUGGAUCCUUCUAUAUAUGGGUUUAGUGAUAGAAGCAACUCAUGCUGCACGACAUGGUGGAAUGACAUGCUCACAUGUGUUCCGGAACAAUCACCUUGUCCGGACCCCAGCAAAUACAUCUUUUGGGACGGUUAUCAUCCAACAGAAGCUGCAUUUUCUAUGUUGUUCAAUCAAUGGGUCAAAGAUCCUUCUACUUGUUUUCCUCUUAGUUUUAAGCAGAUUGUUGAAUCAUAAAUUACUCUACAAAUUUUUACCCAACCCUACGGUAGGGAGCACU